GACUUGGGAAAAUCGUGUUCUGGUCCGACAAACGAGUAAAGAGAGACUCUACCGUAAGCUGAGACUUCUAGCUCAGUUUCGCAGAAAGCCUUAUUUCCUCCAAUCCUUUGAGGUAUUUAUCUCAGACUCCACAGUGGAUAUUGUCUGUGACUACAUAGAUCUUAGUCUUCUGCAUAUCCUUGGGAAUCCUAGAUUCCCUACCGAGAACGAAGUUGCUGCUAUUGCAGGGCAGGGAAGCCUCCCGUAUACCUAUUUGCCAUUGUACGCUGAUGAGUAACAGUUGAUGCGAGCACUUGAUUUCCUCGCAGCUCACAACUUAACGCACGGAAAAUUAAACUUGACAAAUAUUUGGGUUAGUCGAGCAGGAAAGGUCAUAAUUGCAGAACCUGAACUUUGUCGAAGGACCAGUUAUCAUGAUAAAAUAUUAGGUUAUCGUGAUGUUCAGGACGUCGGAAAAAUAACCAUGACGUUGGUAACGAAGAGCACUCACUCUGAGCGAAAGCCCGAUCCUCAGCGCUAUUCCUUACGACUGGUGGACUUCCUUAGUCAAACAUUGACAGAAUCGGCAAGUCAUCUCCUGCAGGUGCGUUAUUGAUUUACCGUCUUUUAUAAGGUGUGAUCUAACAACGAAGCACCGCUUUUUGAAGGGUCACGGGCGACAAGGUGAUUUACUAUCAUUAUGCUGUCAGGAGGCGUGACUUAUUGAGUGAUGCUUGCUUUAAGGAGGAGAAUGCGCCAGUAGAGCUUGCUACAGAUAUGAAAUUCGUGCACUGGGUUGGCAAGCGUCGAAUCGCAUUCCCUAGCAGCUUUGUUCUAUAUUAUAGCAGCUAAGGCCCCAG